AUGACGACAAAGCUUCGUGGGAGUAGGCUCGAAGCUGAAGUUGAUCGAGCACGAGCCGAUGGUAAUUGGAAACGUUUGGCUGAGCUCCUUAAUGCCAUGAAGUCGAAGCAUUCGGGAAUGGAGGACAUGGUGGAAUUGGUUGAAGCCGAAUUAGAACUGGAAACGUUUCUUGAACAACAAGGAGAAGUUCUUCGGCCACGUCAAGACCAUGCCAACAGUUUGCGGGAAGCCGAACUGCUUCUCAAGGAAACUGUGGAUCGUCGCAGUGAGGGCCCAGUAUUAGAGGCACAUUUAUUGCUCGCAAAAUUGCAUUAUGCUUGUGCUGCAUACGACCAGGCUCUGAGAGAUAUUGAAAAUUCUGGGAUGGAACAUGCCAACACGCCCUUUCGUACUCUGCGAGCUCUGCGAUUAGUUGCUGAGGUUUAUGCUAUCAAAGGUUUCUGUUUGGAGGCGAUGCAACCUCAUGAGAAGGAUUCCAACAAAAUGAAAGCUCUGUUCUGCUAUGAAAAAGCAGCUGAAUUGGCCAUUAUGUACGUUGGAGAAAUCGAGAAAAAUAUUGUUGGUGGAUCAGGAAAAGGAAGUGUAGCAACGUCCUCGCCGUUAUCCCGACCUGAGAGGCUAGGGGAGAUUCUCGAGUGCUGCCUGGAGCGCGUAGCGGCGUUACGAGCUCGAGAUUCCACCAUCGAGAGGAAGAGCAAUGUGGAAGGAAUCGAAUGGUAUCGCCGCAUUAUAACAUGCCUGGGAGACAAAUCCACUGGAGAACGACUGCAACAGAAAAUGUCGCGUCAAUUUGCGGAACUUCUUAUGCGAGCUGUACCCGCCGAUUUGAGAGGCGGGACAACAAGUCAGGCUGUGAGCAUGAAGAGCCAAAAUCUGAGUUUCUAUAUGGGAUCUCACAAGGGCUAUUUUGCGCCGGCAUCGAGAACAGAAGAGGUUGUUCUGCUUCUGCUCAUUAGUGAGGUAUGUUAUUCAAGAUCCGUCAUUUGCGCUCCCAAAGCGACAGUUUCUUGA